UUAUUAUUUUAAUAGGUAUAAAGUAAAAAUAUAUAUUUACACCAUGAAAAUUUCAAGAAAACCAUAAUGUUAGUCUUAUUUAUAAUCGAAAUUCAGGCUUUUGUCCAUCUGGUUUCAUCGGAAACCAAUAAAAAUGACAAACUCUCAGCAGAUAAGUAUUAUACUUUGGCUGAUCAGUUGAGAGCUUACUGGAAUUGUCACCUCACCGCGGACAGAGUACCAAAAAAUUAUCAGGAGGGUCAAUUAUUCUGCCCCCCGACUUUCGACGGUUGGGGAUGUUGGGAUGCUACACCUGCUGGUCAGGUAGCCAAGCAGCAAUGCCCUCUCUUAGUAACGAAGAAACAAACUAACAAAUAUGUCACCAAAUAUUGCACUCAGAGUGGUAAAUGGUUUUCUAACCCCGAUAGAAGUGAAAAAGCUGCCAAUUACUCUCAGUGUCCAUUUGAUGUGGUUUUGAAUACGGAUCAGGAAUUAUUGUUCUAUCUCUUUGAUGAGUUUGCAAAACUAGAAGAAAUUCCUUACUCCGUUUCUGCGAUCGAAUAUGCGUUCAAUCAAUGUAUCGAUAAUGUAUUAUCUCAACCUCGGCCUAAGGAUGGUAGGAAAUAUUGCUUACGUACUUUCGAUGGAUGGGGAUGUUGGAACGAUACACCCGCUGGAGAGACUGCUUACAUCACUUGUCCAACGUUCAUAACUGGUUUUUUACCUGAAAGAUUUGCUCACAAAAUAUGUAACGAAGAUGGGACGUGGUACAGACAUCCCCAUACCAAUCGCACGUGGUCUAAUUAUACGACUUGUAUUGAUCAGGAUGACUUAUCGUUCCGACAGAGAAUUAAUAAUUUUUAUAUUGCUGGAUACUCCACUUCUCUGGUUGCUGUUACAAUAUCAUUAAUUAUAUUUUGUUAUUUCAAAUCGCUUCAAUGUACCAGAAUCACAAUUCAUAAAAAUCUCUUUAUAUCUUUUAUCAUAAAUAAUAGUAUGUGGAUUAUAUGGUACACGGCUGUUGUGCAAAAUACCGACGUCUUACUCAAAAAUGAGGUAGGAUGCCAGAUUUUACACGUUUUCGUACAUUAUUUUCUGGUUUCCAAUUACUUUUGGAUGUUUUGUGAAGGACUAUAUUUGCAUACAUUACUAGUUGUUGCAUUUGUAUCGGAAGGAAAUCUUAUGAAAUGGUUCUAUUUGCUUGGAUGGGGUGCUCCUGCAUUAUUGAUCAUAGCUUAUGCUGCAACUAGAACUUCGUUUUCUGAACAAACUCUUCAUUGUUGGAUAGAAGAGAGUAUUUACAUGUGGAUAAUAUCGGGUCCUGUAUGUGUUUCGAUGACACUGAAUUUCAUCUUUCUGGUGAACAUUGUUCGUGUCCUUGUUACCAAAUUACGGGCGGUAAAUUCUCCAGAUGCUCAUCAGACAAGAAAAGCUGUCAGAGCUACAUUGAUUCUUAUUCCUCUCUUGGGUCUUCAUUAUGUUGUGACUCCAUUCCGUCCCGAGCCAAGGUCUCACGGAGAAGCUGUUUACGAAAUAAUUUCGGCUGUAGUAUCUUCUUUCCAGGGUUUAUUCGUCGCUCUCUUGUUUUGUUUCUUCAACGGCGAGAUUAUAACAUUACUCCGAAGAGAAUGGUAUUUGAGAAAAAUGGGAAAAGAAAAUUCAAAUAGAAGAGUUUCAAAUUUGACAUCGACAACUUCAAUUUCUCUAGGAAGGCAGUCUUCAACUUCCAAUAAUAAACCUCUUUUGUCGACAUAAAGAAACGGAAUAAAGAACUAAAAAUAUAUAAAAAUUGUUACAAACCUCCUGGAGUGAGGUUUGGGACAGUUUUUAUGUAGGAUUAUGGAAGAUGGAGUGGUAUUUUUCAAGUUUUUGAGAAUAAAGAACUAUUUAAUAGUAAAUAAAUAUUUUUGAAGAGAG